GGAGUUGCAAGCCUUUGACAUGAUAAAACACAUGCUGUUCUGCCUCGGUUUUCGCGAUCAAUACAGACCUAACAUGGUAGCCCUUCAGGUGCAGCUAUAUCAAUUAUCUCGUUUGAUUUUCGAUAAUUUAUACGACAUCCACGUUCAUUUCGAACGCCACGACGUUUCUCCAGCUUUAUACGCCGCUCCGUGGUUCCUAACUCUAUUUUCCUCCCAAUUCCAUCUAGGAUUUGUAUCCAGACUAUUCGAUCUUAUCUUUUUACAAGGUAUGGAGGCAGUUUUCAAAGUAUCUUUAUUGCUGUUGACAACUUUUCGAGACGAUUUACUACGACUGACGACUUUCGAGACCAUUGUCGAUUACCUGAAAAACGUCCUGCCAUCUUUAGAUAACGAACAAACGUCGAGGAUUUUGGACGAAGCUAUUAGUUUAGACGUAGCCAAAUCUUUGCAGUCUUACGAAGUGGAAUAUCACGUACUCCAAGAAGAAAUGUUCCACAACACCUCAAAAUCCACGGAAUCAUUAUCCAGGCAGGAGAUUACCAACAACGAAUUAAAGCAAGAAAAUCAAAGCUUAAUUGAACAAUUACAGGCAGCAAAUACGACCGUGCACAAUUUAGAGGCCACAUUAACUUCGUAUCAAAGCACAAUCAACAAACUCCAGUCCAGAGUUAGAGGUCUCGAAGAUGAAAGGGAUGCCCUGUUACACAGCGUUAACGUUUUGAGGAAAAGGUUAGACGAAUUCGAUUCCAAAGCCCUGAGCCAAGUUAAUCAGAAGCACGAUGUUUUGUUAUUCAUCAAAGAAGCCAGCAUGGAGGAAGAAGAAAGCGCUUGAAAAAAAAACACAAAAAAAA